UAUGUAGUAUUCUUCCAGAAAAUUGGAUAUUAACAAUGAAUGUCAACCUAUUUUUCUGGUGGCGAAUGAUUUUAAAAUUAACCAUUCAGUAUCCCUCUGCAGUGACAUGAAUUUAAUCUAUUAACAUGUCAAAAAGUAGAAUCUGUGUUGUGAUUACAUGUACCCAAUAAACAUAAGUCUCCUAAGCAAUAUGCAUCAUUUCGUUUUGCUGUACUAUUCGUUUCGUACUGAUUCUGAUUUGUAUCUUGUACAGGUAGCUAUAUAGACAAGAUUAAUAACCCUAGUGUUUUGGCUGUGCUCAACCUAAACAAUCAAGGAUUUAAACCAUUCAGUUAUAUUGUUGAUGAAGAACUAUUAACCGUACACACUGAUUUAAUUGCAAAUAAAGACUCUUUUGCAGUCCAAGAGAAUGAUGAAGCUGAAAGGGAAAAAAGUGCAUUGCAAUCUUUAUAAAAAUUAAAAACACGUUAAAGAUAAUAUAAAAAGCAAGUACCAUAUCAGCACUUUCAUUCUAUGAGCGCUAAAAAUAUUGAGUUGUGUUGCUGUACUAUUCUUUUCGUAAUGAUUCUUUUUUUAUUUUUUUAUUUUAAAUUAAUUUUAUGUUUUAAUUCGUCUUGAAUAAUUUUAUUGUUGAAGAAGUCAAAGCUCAUUGAAAAAGAAUACGCUUUCUUAUGUAUCGUGUAUAAAUAUAAUAUAAAUAUCUAUUAUAUCUACAAUUUGUAUCAGCUGCUUUUUUAUCGAUGUUGUUUUUAGAAGGAAAUGCUGGCUUAAAAAAAAUUGAUGGGGAUUUUUAAUGCGUGUGGAUAAUAUUGCAAUUUUAGAUUAAAAAUGACUUGUCCUUCAUAUAAUGAUGAAAUUGACAUUAACUUAUAUUUCCACUCAAUUAUCGUUGUAUAUUCAAUAAUAACUUCUGUGUUGGUAACAAUACUUAAUUCAAUAUACCUCAUUUCUGUUAUCAAGUAUACGCGGCAUUACUUUCCAAGCGAAAUUAUGUACACAUUCUUGUCAACCAGUGAUCUAUUACUUGGUCUGGUAUGGACACCAGCUUGGUGUACAAUGUGGAUAUUGUCAAUGUCCCAAUCAAAAUUAGAUUGUCUUCUUUGGAAAGUCUUAAUAACUGGAGGAAAUAUUUUAGCUGGAUGGUCACUGUUCAAAAUAGGUUGCAUUACUGUUGAUAUAUAUAUGUCAAUUAUCCAUCCGUUCUUUUAUGACAGGCAUGUUACCAAUAGAAGAGCGUUUAUUCUCGUUGCUGGACUAUGGAUGUUUACAAUUACAUUGGUUACUCCAUUCGCUGCACUGAACAAAGACUAUUGGAGCAUAUUUGAGCACAUAGCUGGCACGAUUGGGCUUUCUUCAUGUGUUAUAAUAUCAUUAAUGCAUAUUAAGAUAUAUUUUCAGAUAAAAGGAAUGUGCAAAAACGUAACCAGUAGUAGUUCCAACCAGAUAGAUAUUUUAAAAACGAAGAAAAAGUCAGCUAAAACUGGAUUGAAAAUUUUAGUCACAUUUAUUUUAUGUUACUUACCAAUGAGCGUCUGCGUUAUUUGCCGUAACUUGAUAGUUCAAAAAACGUUUUUAGCAACGUAUGCAGAACCUAUUACAAUUUGCAUUUUCUUUUUAAAUCCACUGUUGGAUCCUUUUCUGUACUAUUUCAGACUUUCAAGAAUUCGAACAAAAAUAAGUCGACUUUUUAACAGAGCUGUAGUCCACCCAACUACUUGUGACGGACUACGGAAGUCAAAAACAGCAAGUCUCACUGUUUGCUCAUGAGAUGUGCUAUUCCCUUCUAGCCACAUGUGGAAGAACGCUGUUUUAUUGCAUGAAAAUGAUGAUAAUGAACGACCUUAAAAGCAUUUAUGAUCAAAGGAUGAGCAAGAAAGCUUUCAGGUUAAUCAUUACCCGAUUGAUACAAAAAACUUGUUGGUAUAAAAAAAUCCGAUGGUUUGUUUAACCAUUGUUGAAAUGCUAAAUUAAAGUGGAACACAAGCUUUUCGUUUCAAUUCACAUGAAAAAUGAUUGGAAUUUGUUUUGUGUGCCUACAGAGUUUGAAACUGAACGAUCUUGUAGGUAAAUUUCAUAUUUGUGACAUAUGUCUCAUUACUACAGCUUAAAUAGGUAUUAUGUGAUGUAUAAAGUCAAUGUAAAGAAUGUAAAACAAAUGUUCAUAUGUUAUCACAUUUUACUUUGGCCUGAGGUUCUCUUCCACACUUUUAGCUUUCAGUUUUCUUAUUUUGACAAUAAUUUAUUUUACACUCUUACAUCCUGCAUACUUUAAAAAUAAUAAAAAUUGAUUUUUUCUUCAUGAAGUUAAUACAGUUUAGUAUUAGGGUUCUGGUGUAGUUUUGCACCAAUUUCUAUUAAACAUUAAUUUUAAUGUUAUGAAAUUCCCACAACAGUAAGGCAUCAUCAACAUCAAAACAUUUAACAUGUCUGUAUAUUAUUUACCCUCGCAAGUCCCUGUCAACUAUGUUUGAAAAAUAUUUUAAUACUGUAAAAUCUUUAGGAAAGUUUUAGUAACUAUAGGCCAAUUCUGAAGAUUUUCAUAUAAAAAGCAACACACAUACAAAUCCUACUCAUAUGCAUAAGUUAACAUGACAUUUUGAUUAGUUUACAGUCUGUAACAGAACGUCCUUUAACAUGCAAUUCUUGUUUCGAUCUGUAUUGUUUUAUGUGAAAAUCAUUUCUAUGAUUUACUUGAAUAUUCACAAGUUAUCUUGAUUAAUUUUUUUCACCAAUUUUGUGGAUUAUACCAGAUCCAUUGUUUACAGUUUUCCAAUAUAUAUGAUAAGGAUUCAGAACAAAUCUUCUGUAAUUGAUGGUGAUUUUCGUUGUCAGAAGAAUAUUCAUCAUAGAUUCCAGGGUGACAUCAAAAUAUCUUAUCCUAAAACAAAAUUAUAUACUUUGUAUUGCUCAACAAGAUGAGAAUAAGAAAUAUUAUAAAACAAACUUGGACUAUUCUUAGAUUAGGUAUUGCUUCAUUAUUAUUUUUUUAGCAAUUUUAUUACAAAUAAAAGUAACAUGGGGAAGUUAAAGAGAUCUUCUCACGUUCCUAAAUGUUUUAAAAUGAGCAGUGGGGUGUUGUAUAUAAAAUGCACUGUUUAAAAGUUCCCACAAAGUCAAAGUUCUUAGGGACAAUCACAAUAAAAAAGUAUAUGCUAAACGCAUAAAUUUGGCGGUGGGACGAGGUUUUGAUGUUUAAGUAUAUCUCAUACUGUAUACAUCGAUUUCUUAGAGAACAGAAAGUUUUUUGAAAUUGUAAUGUGUACCUGCUUAACAGGGACACAUUAUCUCGUUUAGCAUUGGGCUUUUAUAAACAAACAACACUUUUGAUCGAGGUCAAGUGAAAAAACUUUUGUUUUGAUAAGAAAAAGAUUUUAAUCACAUGUUUUGUAAGAACAUCUGGUGGUUUACUACUUUUAAGAAUAGGUCUUGACACAAAAGUGCCUAAAAUUCAGGAGCAGCUAAAACUAUAAUAUUUCAAGUAUUACUUACUUUAAAGCAAUGAAUUUAUUGUCUCUUGCAGAGGCAGAUAAAGGUUUGGUUUGAGACAACAACAUGGCACACGUGGCGAAAAUAUUUCCCUCCAGCAUUUCCAAUCCUUUCAAUAUCUGAAAGGGUUUCCAAAUUCAAAGCUUCUUCAUUUAACUUAGGUAGCAUACAAUUGCUUUGAUAUUCUAGCCAUUUGAAGUGCUCCCUGCAAUUGGACCUGACCCAGGUAAACCAUGUUGAAAAAGAAACAUCCACUUGUCCAUGUAACCAUACCCGUGGUCGUUUUAGGCGUUUUUUCUUCACAUUCAAGAAUUUCAUUCAUUGGAACUUGAAAACCCGCGGACGUUUUAGGCGUUUUUUCUUCCAUCUGUGAUUUUCAUUUAUUCGGAACUUUAAAACCCGCGGACGUUUUAGGCGAAUCGACAUUUUGCCUAAGAUCGCCCCGGGUUUGCUUAUUUGAGUAAAAUAUAAAAAAUCGAUAAAACGCCGCAUCAUCAUGAAGUCGAAAUCGGCGGAUGCCAAAAAUAAAUUUAUAAAAAUAAUUUAGUUUUUUUAUAGAUUGUUCUAUCUAUAGAUUUUUUCUCUAGUAGGUCACCAAAUUAGGCUUAAGCAAUUGCCUAGGCUGCCUAACCCUAGAUCCGCCCCUGGUCUGUGUGUGUUCCAACAGUUCCGCCACAUAUUCCUACCAACAUGAAUUUAGUAAUAAUCUUCCGAUAUUACUCUGUUCCAUCGGGUAUAAGGGUGAAACGAUUGGAAAUGGUUCGCGAGUGAAUUGAUUUAGAACCUUGGCGUAAUGACUGUGUUAAAUGAGACCUUUCCACUGCGAGAAAUAUAUUCAACCAAACUUGAAUUAAUUGUUUAAAUUGGAGAGCGGGAUCGGGCACUGUGUAGCCUUUUCUUCAAAAAUUAAGAUAAACAGUCAUUUUUCGCUGCGCGUUGAUGAAGAUGAAUAAGUAAUUUCACUAUGGUACCUUUCCUUGCUAUACCGCCAUAACUCUGAUAAAUGAAGGCUUUUCACUGCGAGAAAUAAUAUUCUUUCUAAUUUGGAAUGACUGCUUGAAAUCCGCCACCAGAUUGAGCGCUGUGCUAGCGAUGUAUUAAAAAAUGAAGAUGAAUAAGUACUUUUCACAAUGGUACCAAUCCUAGCCUUUAACGUGCGCCGAAGAAUAGGAGACAGUUUUAAAAACUACAUUU